UUAUUCUUUCCUUUUAGCUAUCAUAGCAUCGGAUGAAAACAAAUUAUUUUUGAUUAUCACAUCAUCUGUUGUUGCUGGUGUUGCUGUAUUCAUCUUGCUGGUGAUUAUAGUAAUGUGUUUUGAAAAACGUAAUAAAAGACAACAGAUGACAUCGAGACAAAGUGAGGAAAAUGAUUAUGUACAGGGCAUGCAAGAUAUUUCUAAAGAGUGUAAGACAGACGAAUUUGAUGCUACUUACGCCGAGCUUCACAAAAGAGAACAGCAAUCUGGUGAUGGUGCGGGAAAGGAAUAUGACACUGCAUUUGGCGAUGAUAAAACAAUAUCUGACAUUGACAAAGGGUAUACUUUGGUUAACAUAGGAGCAUCUGCCAAUAAGAGUUUUGAAGUAUCUGAUAUUGAACUCGAUAACAAAUGCAACAAUGAUUAUGCUGUGGUUAACAAAGAUGAAAUGAGUAGGGAGAGUCAGGAGCUGACGGAGUUUAGUAAUAUAUUGUAUGAAAGACAACAUCAACAAGGAAAGUUAGAUAGCGAAGAAGAGUGGAGACAUGGAAAAGAAAGAUGUUUAACAAGAGAUCAAAAAGAAUCCUUCAAGUUUGAUGGUCGGUUAAUACAACUAACAGAAAUACAGACUGAAUCUUUAGGAAAAUCAUUAGAUGAGAAGGCUAUAGGAGAAGGUGCUUUUGGUCAAGUAUUUCGUAGCAAGGAUUCUGAAAUGUUUGGAAUUCCUGUCGCCGUAAAACAGAUACCAACAAUGACCAACGCACGAGGCAAAAAACACGCACGAAUGGAAAUGAUGGCUAAUAGACUAAUGAACCCAUUCAUACUCCCGCUUAUAGCUUCUACUAAGACAUCCAAUGGAGACAUUUGGUUAAUUACUCCCUAUUGUGAAAAUGGUGAUCUUGAAAAAGCUAUUAAAGACGGUAAAGAUAGUAAAGAUAAGAUGGAAAUUAAUAUGCAGAGGACACGAGUAAGGAUUGCGCUGCAAAUUGCAUUAGCAAUACAGUAUAUUCACACUGAAGUCCCAAAUGUUAGGGGUUCUAUUCUUCAUAAAGACGUAGCAUCUUCAAAUGUUGUGUUGGAUAAAAAUCUAAAUGCACGUCUUAUAGACUUCGGACUGGCCAGAGAAAAGAAUGAUCCAUCGAAAACCUACUCAGUAAAGGAAGGUUAUAUACAUCCUCAAAAAGGUCAUGGGGAUCCCAUUAAAGAGAGCUUAGAUUAUUUUAACUUUGGAAUAAUUAUUCUGGAACUGUUGACAAGUCUUGGACCUUUAGGAGAAAAACAAUUCCACUUAAGGAACAUGGAUAACAAACAGAUUCAAGAUAAAUUGGAUACAAAAGUUUGGAACGAUAAAGAAAUAACGAAAAAGCUGUAUGAAAUGUCCAAGAAGUGUUUGAAGGAAUUUAAAUGGACUAUUGGAGAUUUUGAAACAAAUGUCAUUGAACAAUUACUAGUACGUUUUUAAACCAUUUGUGUUUUGAACAGUUU